AUGCCUGAGCAAGUUUUAUACACUCUUCAUACCAUUUGGGAAUGGGCCGUGUAUCAAAUUGAAGAAAUACUAACAUUAUCAAAAGCUGUUGAGGACAGGCAUCAAGUCAAAAUUCAACAUGUUUCUGCAAAAAAUACUUUUGAAAUAAUUGGAAUCGAUUAUGAUACGGUGGAGAGGGCGCGUGAAGAUUUUUCCGAAAUAUUAAUGGCUAAAUCAUCAGAAGCCAAAAUAGUUCUCACAGUUCCUCCACGAGAAAAAAAACCUUCCAAAUUUGAUAGAGAUCCAUUGGUUGUCGUUGAUGAUCCUUCAAACGUUUUAAAUUGCCAUCAUCGUGGAGCUAAUAAUACUCCUUUUGAUUAUUGGAAAGAUAUUUGUAAAGAUUGUAAUGUGACUGGAGAUUUGUUUCUUGAUAGUAGGAAAAUUCGUGUUACAGGUGGGACAAGACGAGAUAUCGAAAAGGCUAUUCAUAGACUCAGGACAUUGGAACAAAUCUAUCUUCGGUCUGAUUUCAGACCAAAAAGAGUUCCACUUGUACAUUAUCCAAAUCAAGAUGUUCAUUUCAAACUAUAUUUCCUUCCGUUGAAAAAUCAUGGAUAUUUUAAAAUGACUAUUAAAUCACACGCAGAUCAAAAUGUAUAUUUGCUUAUACAUGCUAUCCUAGACCCUAAAACUGGCAAAUAUAAAAUACCAAGUUCACAAAAAUCUGAUUCUACAAUUUCUAUAUCUGAAUUGAGAAAAAAACGCUCUCAAUAUACCGAGGCAAAUACUACAAGUCAACUUUCCACUUCUUCCUCCUCUGGACCAAUUUUAUGGAAUACUAAAACUCAGGACACAAAUUUUCAAAUUUCAAAAGAAUCUAAAAGACAUACUGAUAUUUUUGAUGAAAAACCAUAUAAAGAAGAUAUGGAUUACAAAACUAAAAAGAUUGAUUUGCAGAAAAGUCCUGAACAAACUCACCAUUUAAAUCUAUCGAAUGUUACGCCUGGAAAAAUGCUUAGAGAUUAUAAUUUUGUUCGAACAAAAGAUGCAUUGAUUGAAGGAAUGGAGCAUGUUCGAGCAUUUAGAGGCGAAAUCCGUUUUUCAGGAAGAUUGGGCAAAGUUUUGUUUUCCGAUGUUCCGCCACAAGUUUCAUCAAAACUUUGGGAAUUUUAUGAAUUAAAAGAUAUUAUUAAAGAAAAGUGUGUUCGAUCAAGUUUCACCGAGAUUGCCACGCACGAAGAAGUCUUUUAUAAUGGAUUCACUAAAGUGCUUGACAAUAAAGCAUACUACACCAAUCAAUAUUUUGAAAUUGAUGCAGAUGCGAGAAAUGCACUAUACGGUGAAUAUACUCCCGUAACCAUGUAUAUUAAUAUGAAUUAUGUUUCAUUAGAAAAAGUUAUGAUGAAAUGGAAUCGUGUAGCAGAUGUUGAAUGGUCCGUUUUGGAUCGUAUUUCUACAAGAAAAGCACUUCGACAUGAUGUCAGACCAUUUAAUACAUUUAUGAAAAAAGUAUCAAUUAGUCCAUCAACUCGUAUAAUCACAUUCGAGAAUGUGCCUGAAUUCUUGGAAGUCAAUCAAGUUAAAAAUAUCACUGUCAACAAAUACCAUUUACAUUUUCCUUUUAUAGCUGAAGUUAAUCGUGUUGAAAUAUUACCUCUUAAUCCACAAAAGAAUUCUAAAAAAAUUCAGGGUAAAACUGAUUAUGGAACAUUUUAUUAUACCAUCGAGAUUUACGAUAGCAAUCAUAGAGAAAUGCUUUCAAAAAAUCAAAAUCUUGUUACAGGAACAAUUGCAAGUUGGACAGUUUGUGACCUUCUUGGUGAAGAUCCAACAUAUAUAAAUAUGGUUGAAUUCAUUAAAACCAUGUUAUUAUUGGUAGAGAGAUGCAACAAAGUUGCAGAAGAUAAAUUAAAAGAAUUGUUGGAUGAGUUUAAGAAAAAUCUAUAA